AUGCUGCCUCUGCUGCUGUGGACUCUGCCCCUCCUGUGUCAGGGGGUCGCGACUCAGUGGAGCCGGGCUCAGCUCACCUGUACCGACGCUUCCGAAUGCCCUUCCUACAUUACCGUGUGUCGGAACUUGGACUACGAGACUCGUGCCUACGCGCCCACUGUCUGGGUGGGCACGCGGGUUCUGCCCUCCGAGGGAAGGUACCAAUCUAUCCGGCGACUGAGGGAAUACUUCAACAAGAAAAACAGACCGGUGAUUCAGAUCGAGCGGACCGCGCCCACUCUUACUAUGUUCCAGAACGUGAACGACGUUCCCAGGCCUAUUGCUGUGUUCGCCUACCUCCCCAGCCGGUUCCUCUUCAACCCGCCCAUUCCUCGGGACGAGCUCGUUUACCUUACCCAGUCCUCGGUCCGGACUAUGUUCGUGCGGUUGGCCAGUCCCUUCCUGUUCAACGUAGAGCACACGUCCCAGGAGCUGUUCGAGGACCUGCUGAGGCAGGGCGAGGCCUUUGCCCAGGACCGUUUCUACGUGGCUGAGUACAGCAGCCCAUUCCGCCUCUUUGGACGACGUAAUGAGGUGUGGUACAUGGCCCUGGGAAUAGGCCACUGUGACCCGGGCCCCGGGAGACCCUCAUAG